UGGCGAGUGGGAGUGACACACCAUCUCUGGGAGGCACCAUGGUUCCUGCCAAACCCGAUCCCAAGACUCUGUCCUUGAGGUGGUUUUACCAAACCCCAAACCCAGAACUGCGGUUGUGGCUCAGGGGUCAGCUCCUGCUAGUGCCAGGACACUACUGGGAGGCUGGGACUUGACCAAAGCCCAUGGUGUCUCUGGCCUGAGGACAAGGUGUCUUGGGACCAUAAGGCCAGCCCACCAAUGGCCAUUGGGGGCUGAGCCCCAAAUCAUAGGGGCUCAGCCCCAAUAUUUGUCCUUCCCUGGCUCCUUCUGGUUCAGUCCCAUCAGGGCCCUGGAUCCCAAGACUCCAGGAAUCCUGGCAGCUCAGCAUACUUUAUCCUGUUUCAUCUGAGAGCAAAAAUGUAAAAUUGGAUGCACAGAAAAGUGACUCAAAGUGCUUAAUGACUAGAAGAAAUCUAGGAGCAGCAAGAAGGUAAUGUGGAGGGAGGGACCUCCAUGACCGGUGUCUGCAGAGCCAGGGUUACAGGCACCCAGUGCUGUGGCCUGGCACCACCUGCAUCUCAGAGGGUGGGUGGCACACUCCUUACCCAGAGGACAGCAGGCCUGGUCACCAGCUUUUCUACCUGUCCCUGUAAGCAUCACAUUGCUGGAGGAAAAUCUCAUGCCAGAGCUUGGACCAUCCCUAGCUCAGGGGUUAGGGGUUGUCCCUUGGUGACCUAAAUGAAAAAACAGGUCCAGAACAGAGUUCCUGAUGCUGGACACUCAUUCAGUCUUUGAAUCGUGGGAGGGGAGGCCUGGUAAUAGGUAGACCUAACCUCUUUGAGGAACUACAGAGCCCAAGGCUGGAAACCUCCAGAAUCCUCCACCCCCUGAUCCUCCCUGGGGACCCCUGUGGCCUGUCUCACUGAGCACUCUUCCAUCUGUAGAUGUCUGGGCUGCUGUACAAGGGAGUCCCCUUUCAGGUGUGGUGCUAGACAUGGUCACUCCUGCUGGAUGUCUAGGUGGUAGAAACCAAGGACCUAGGGAAAUACCAGGUACAGCCUUUCCACGCUCAUCCAGAGCAGGACAAACAGGCCAGGCGGUGUCAGGAGCCCAGGUCUCCAGCUGGAGGGAACGUCAACCCUGCAGUGGGAGCAGGGGCCCUUUGCACAUCCUAGGCACAGAUGGUAAUGUAGACACCACAGGUAAGCUGGGCUUGGUACCUACCCCUCCCCAUAUUCAGAAAGCCAAACAAGGAGCUUUGUGCAGAAUGAAACCUUUCCUCCCAGAAGCACUGCUGACUGUUUGGUGGUUGCCAUUUGUCGCAGUGAGCCUUUGUUCUGAGGUUGGGCUGGUUUCUCCUCUUGGCCCUGCCCUACAGAUCAUAAAGGAAAACAGCAAGAGGUCCCCAGCAAACAUCCACAGAUGGCCUUGGAAAUAAGUCAUCUUCUGAGAAACGUGAUGUUCUGGGAGGGAUAAGGCAUCAACCUCACUCUGCAGGAAUGCCAGUGAAUAUAUUGCCGACAUCUUGGAGGUCAGUGCCCUCAUAGUGUAACGGCAUCAGCAGAUCUGCCUGUGCUUGGACUUCCUGUACUACCCAUUCCUGAGGGGCGAUGCUUCUGCAGGGCCUGUGACUUGGUGCACAACUUCAGACACCAUCGUCCUGGGGCAGCACUGCACCCUCACUCUCCAGAUUACCUGAGACAAUGCUGUUAUUGACGAGAUCACUCCCAAGCGGAUUGGAGAUUGUCCCAAUACUUAGACCUAUAGCAAGGCCUUGGGAGAAAUGGUGGUGCAGCAGGAGAGCAGGAACCUAACCAUUGCCAUCCUAAGGCCCUGCAUUGUGCGGAGCAACGUGGCACGAGCUUUUCCCGGGUUGGGUUGAUAAUCUAAAUGGAUGUAGCCGACUCAUUAUUGCGGAACGUGAGGAACAGGAGUAGUUCAAGAAAAUGCUGAAGAUGCGCUUGGCUGGGAAGCUAGGAUAGGCUGACGAAGUCAGACUUAGUGUGGGAACCUGGCUGGGAAAGGGUUUCUUCUGUCCAUAAAAGCUACUCCAAUGGCUGUGGGAGACUUAAUUCCAAUUCCAGGUGAUACAGCCGUCAAUCUCCCACUAGCUGUAGGAUGGUGUGCUGCAGUUCACAGGGCAAAGGAGAUAGAAGUGGAUGAAAUGAGAGAAUUUUCUUUAAUUGAACUCUGGUUCAUGCCAAAAGUGUUCAAUCACUAUGUGUGGGGAAGUUUCCUGGUACAAAGGAAAAAAAAACAGACCUAAGUCAGUGUUAGUCUACCACUGUACAUCUGGUAACCUCAAUCCCUGCAACCGGGGCAAAAUGGGAUUCCAGGUCUUGGCAACCUUUGAAAUUCCAAUUCCAUUUGUGAGAGCUUUGACGAGGCCAUAUGCUGAUUUCACCACCAGCAACUUCAGAACCCAGUACUGGAAUGCCAUCAGCCAGCAGGCCCCUGCCAUCAUCUGUGACUUCUAUCUGUGGCUCACUGGAAGGAAACCCAGCUACCGAAGGAAGAUAACCUCAUCAACCCAAUUUUACAAAUGGAGAAAUAGAAGUUAAGGGAAGAAUCUGAAGUAGUCUCAAAGGCAGUGACAGGAAGGAUGUGGAGAAAGCUGAGUGUCAAAGUCAGUAUUCAGGACCGGCUUUACUGCUACUUAGAGAUGAAUGAAGAAAUCAGAGGGAACGCAGUGUGCUGAUGCUAAAGCAGCUGUCACCACCCAGCUAUGUGACAUAGGACAUAUUCUUUCUCUGUCUCACUUGACUAAUAUGAUAUGUCAGAGGAGACAUGAUUGUAAUUGCCUAAAGCAAUUCUUGUGGUCAAGAAUCAGAAGCAUGAACAGUAUUGCUCUCUGUGUUAGCCCCUUUAUAAGGGAGGAAGUCAUCUUCAGCAUGUUGAAUUGUCAUCUUUCUUAGCAGUGCAAAUGACUAAAACUUAGCCAAUGUAGAGUUUGUCCAAAUUUGGAGCUCAUAACUCAGUUCUUGAGCAAAGUGAAAAGAAAACAUUGUGAUUAUGGGGAAAAUAUUUGUACGGGACUUAUCAAAUAAAGAUAGGAAAAGAAGAAAACCCAAAUAUUAUAGGCAGAAAUGCUAAAGGUUUUAAAAUAUGUCAGGAUUGGAAGAAGGCAUGGAUAAAGAACAAAGUUCAGUUAGGAAAGAGAAACACAGAAGGAAGAGACACAAUAAAAGUCAUUAUGUAUUCUGUGAGAAGUCAGACAGUAAGAUUUGUGGGAAAUGGGUUGGUUUGUUGUAUGGUAUGUAUUUUAGCAAUAAUCUUUAUGGCAGAGAAAGCUAAAAUCCUUUAGCUUGCGUGAAUGAUCACUUGCUGAAUUCUUCGAGGUAGGCAUGAUGAAGGAGGGUUUAGAGGAGACACAGACACAAUGAACUGACCUAGAUAGAAAGCCUUAGUAUACUCAGCUAGGAAUAGUGAUUCUGAGGACACACUGUGACAUGAUUAUGCCAUUACAUGUAUGGUAGUGAUGGGGAUGAUAGAAGGAAGAACUGAUGGCAUAUUUUCACCCCCACAAAAAUCAGUUAAAUAUUGGGACACUAACCAUCCAGGUCUAGAAAAGUCACAUGCCAUAGCCAUGGUAUUGCACAUCAUUCAUCUUGCAUUCUUUGAGAAUAAGAAGAUCAGUAAAUAGUUCAGAAGUGGGAAGCUUUGUCCAGGCCUGUGUGUGAACCCAAUAUUUUGUUUAGAAAUAGAACAAGUAAGUUCAUUGCUAUAGCAUAACACAAAAUUUGCUUAAGUGGUGGUCAGCAAAUCCUUGAAUGCUGCUUAAUGUGACGAGGUUGGUAAAAUCCUUUGUGCAACACUCUUACUCCCUGAAUGUUUUGCUGUGCUGGGGCCUGUGCAUGCCAGGCAAGGCCAAGAUGGCUCAAAGAGCAACCAGCCAUCUCUGCAACCUGCCACCUCCUGCUGGCAGAAUUUGUUUUUGCAUCCUGUGAAGAGCCAAGGAAGCACCAGGGCAUAAGUCUACUCACUUAUAUCUGUCUGGAACAUAACGCUUGUUUGUUUUUACAACAAAUAAAAUUGAUCUUGAAUAAAAA